AUGGAAAUGCGCACCGGCCGUUACCUAAAUUUCGGCACAGGUCAUUGCGGAAUGGCCGAUCCUAUGUUCUGGCUCUUCAAAAACAAACGGAACGACCAUCGCGUUCAGCAGAACAAAAAGCGGAACGUGGCAGAGGUGAGUGGUGAAAUAUACGGCGAACUGGAUAAAGUAGUGGGAGUGAGGAAUGAGGAUCAGAGGUCACCACGGAGGUCUGGUACGGAUAAAGAGCAAUCGGAUGGAGAUGAAAACAAGUCCACAGACCACGAGAUGAAAGCAGCCUCUACAACUGCUACAACAUUAUCAAAGGGAGAAGUUGUCCCAGACAUAGAAGGUGAUCCUAACUUACCACCGUGGAACGGAUUCGGAUUUGAGCUUUAUCGCUCUGUCGCGCAGAAGUGUCGAUAUCCUAACACAACGAUCGUCCUUGCCAGCGUUGAUCCUGAGACACUGCCUGCUAUCCUUGCGCGCACCGGCUUUUUCCCUUCGAUGUUGAUCGAGACCGAAACGGAAGCGUUCCUGCGGAAAAACCCGCACUUAGACGCUCGUAUUCUUACCGAGGCGCAGGAGGUGCACUUCGGGCAGAAAGACCGGUUUGAAGGCUACACACGGCCUGAGGUUGCGGCCAUUGAGGCAGAAGUAGACACGCUGAUGCCAGCAAGAGGACUGCAUCCUAAUGCGACGCUUGUGUACGUUAAGGCUUUAGACAUGAAGAUUUAUCUUUGAGAGUUGAGAGAGUCAUGUUUGUUCCUUCCUCGACCUGCUCGGGCUCUACUACAAGAAGAUCAGGGACAACGACGGACAUCGCUCUUACUUAAUACAUUGUGGAUAGGUCUAAGUACGGGGAUCGCAGUCCGAGCUUACUCCAGGACCGAGAUGAGGUUGAGGAAGUAAUCGAGAACCUUGGUGGCCGCGAAGCAUUUUGGGAGUGGGAUCGUGCAGUGGCGGAGCGCUCGUGGUCAGACCAUUUCCAGGAGGGUGAGGAUUUAUUGGCAGAAAAUAAUAGCAUAAUAGUUCUUGGCGACCACAGCACAAAAGUUGACGGAAGAAGCACGAGGACUGGUGCGACUCUGCUAGAUGCGCAACAUCAGGCUAGGAGCACAAGCACAACAGCUAGUGCAGUUGAUUCGGGAGAGGAGUCAUUUUUCUUCGACGAAACUACUAGCAGUACUCCAAGUACGGAACAAGAAAGGUCAAGAACAACUGCAGAUAGCACAGCCACAAGCACUUCCGCACUAGUAGUACAACAUGAUGCUCAGCGAGGUGAAACAAGUCCUCGCAGAGAGCAGUCUCCAGAGGAACACCUACCACCACCGACGUCGCCAGGACCGGACAUAGAGCUCGUCGUUUUAGACCUUGACGGCUACGAUUACCAAAUCCUAGAGACGUUGGUCGCUUCGCGUCAGACAGUAUUUUAAGGGUAGGCUAAAGGUGUUCCUAUUACCAUUUGUUAUGCCUAAAUCCCCUAAGCAGGGAGACAGGCAUAACAUACGGGACACAGAAACAAACGUCAAAUAAGCCCUAAACCCUCUAAUUCUUGGUUUACCGCGUCGAGGUAGCACAGCACUUUCCACCGCCGUAUAAGUAUGCGAUGCUCUACCAUGAGACGAAGGUCGAUUUGUAUUUAUGACAUAAGUAUGGUGAUGUGGAUGUAUGCGUUACUUUUCUUUGCAGGAAAUAGAAAUUGAAAUAUUUACUAGGAGGGCGCAACUGGUGACCACCCGAUGCUGCAUCUUUGACUUUCCUUUCCACGACCACACCAGCUGACCACUAAUCUCACGCGAUCACAUGCGCUACGACAAGGACAUGUAUUUUUCACCGCUCUAUGGCAUGUCUCUUUCCGCCGCUUUGAAUCUGCUGAAGGACACGCAUUUCUUAUUUUAUGGUUGCCUUCUUUCACCUAAUAGUCUGUCUCAGCGUCUCUCGCCUUUUUAUUUUAGCUAAUAGUCUGUCUCAGCGUCUCUCUGGUGUCCUUUUGUUCCCAUGGAAUACAUAUACCAGGGAAAUAAAGGUACAAGAAAAGGAAAAAGGUACUACGUCCAAGAUGGAUUGAGUAUACAGGUAAAACUGUGGAUGGCGGAUCAGAUCUUUAGUCCUUAAUCCUUAAUUCAAGUACGGAGAGGGAUUCAAGUACCGCGCUGCUCUAACUACCGUACCUGGAAGGAAAAACUGACGCCAUUUUUGUGCAUAAAAAGUUACGCAAAUACGUGGAGAAGGCUUUCGAUGUCAAACUUCCAGUAGACGAAUUUCUCUGCUAUCGCGCCUCGCAUCUCUGGCACCAGAUGAACCAGUUGUACUUAUGGUCUAACUUUUGGAACUACGGUAGAUAUUUGGGGAUGUCAUUCAGUAUAUUGAUACUCGUACACUUGACGAAAUACGAUGGGAUUAUCGAGAGACGACGUAAAAAAUACUUCUACAUGUUGUACUAGAAAUUUUUGAUUUUAUUUUGUACACCCACAAGCAAGAUGGAUCAUCAAGGACAACCCUCUUUUUUCUUGCCUGUUCAUAACGCGUGCGGGCGUGGGCAUUUAACGAGCCUGUGUAUGAGGGGCUGCAGCACAUCCACGACAAUGUGACGCAUUUCUCGCCUGUCCCUAUCGAGGAGGGAAACGUACCUUUCAUGCUAUGGGUCUAGCAUGCUUGUUUUGGGGGUAACUCUCUUGCAAAUAGUCAAAACUAAUGAAAGAAAUACGCAUAUAUAAAUCUAAAGAACUAAUCCUUAUCCUACUACCACAUUUACAACGAUCUUCAUCCUAUCAUCUAAGGAAUGUCCACGGGCAAGUCAGGGAUAUCGUCAAAGAACCACACAAGAUUUCCACUUGUUCUUCUCUACUUGUAACAAAAACACAUUGAAAGCAAGCAUGGCGCUCUACGCUUGGCAAAAUAGAGCCGCGAACAGUGUCCCUUGGGAAAGCGAACCCCAAAGAAGUUUAGAAAUAAAAGAACACAAUACUUAAAAGAAAUUUCCAAAAAAACGAUUUUUGGACACACGACCAAAAAA